AUGCUUGCCGAGACCAAUGGUAGUCCCUAUACUGGAGGGGAUGCACCAAAGCUGAGAACUGCGUGUGAGAAUUGCAGACAAUCCAAAGUGAAAUGUAAUCUGUCUGGGAAAAACGUCUGUACUAGGUGUUUGCGACACGGUCUGCAGUGUCAGUACGGCUUUGCGAACCGAUCUGGAAAACCGAAAGGUAGCAAAAAUCGUGCCACGCUUCGCAAGUUGGGUCAGUUACAGGAGGAGAAGCCGCCCCGUGGAUUUCGUGGGAAUCGUAUCGUACCUCCUUUAACAGACAGAGAGCCUCGAAUGCCUACCAACUACACAGGACAUAUGGCAGAUCCACUGAUGGAUGACGAUACGUUGAUUCAGAUAUGCUUGAUACCAGGCCCGCCAGCGCUUUGGGAAAGCCCGCGAAGUUUUGGUAGUACUGCCGGACUAGAUGCACCCAUAUGCCCCUCACAGUUGGGUGCAGUUGAUGGCUCCCCGUUUACUGAUCUGAUGGAUUCUUGUUCUGCAUUGCCUCUUGGUAUGGGAUAUCCACAUACGCCCGUUACGCCUACAUUCCUUCCCUCGGAUCCCCUGAUAGAUGGAAUGGCAAGUCCACCGUUUGGAGGAUCUAUUUCUUCCCCUUACUCAACAGCACCAUGCGAGUGUGUGGAUAAACAGUUAUUCUAUAUGAACCGACUGAAUCAUCUUCUUGCUGAAACAAUCCCUCUACGAUUUGACCAUAGCCUUCAAGCCAUCAAGGCUACUUUCUGCGCAUGUCAGGUGUUCAUGCAGUGCAUCAAAUGCACCAAAGAUAGUGCCAACUUGCUUCUUGUUAUCUCUGUUCUCAAUUUGACUUUGCAGCUAUUCGAACAUUGGAUCUCACGCGACACUUCACGAGCUCCACGCAUGGAGCAUGGAAUCGACAUUCGCUACGGAUAUUAUGAGAUCGGUCUCGAGGAUAAUCGGAAGAUCCGAUUUUUUCUAAUUCGGAGAUUGUUGUUCCAGUGCAGGGACGUGUUGACGAUGUUGACAAACGCUGUCAAUACUGCUUAUAUCGAGAAUCCCAAACUUCUGGGCGAAGGCUCUUCGGAACCAAGUAUGAAAAGUGAAGACUCGACCAACCAGUCAUGGCUUUCACCAGAGCACUUUGGAACCACGCUGCCAGAUGUAGAUCCGGAUACACUAAGUUCGGGUCCUGAAAGCAAUUGCUUUCUACCUAUUAUCGCUGGUUACGAAGCUACAGUGGAGGCAUUUCUUCGAUCCGUCUCCUCGAAUGAUUGUAUCUGUGGAUCCAAAUACAUGACGCGAGAUGAGUCUCUUUGA